CGUCACUAUAAAAAUCUGUCAGCUAUUCAUGAAAUACAUAUUUAAUAUGAUUUCGCACACAUACAUACACUGAAAAAAAAAAAAAAAUAAUAACAAAGCUGACUACUCUUUAAUUUUAAAUAAUCAUAUGUAAAAAUAAUUUAAAAAAUGGAAGCAGGUUUAUUAACAAAAGUAAUUAACGAUUUUCUGACAAUUGUCGAUGGAGAAUUGAGUCUGUCAAAAGGAGAUUAUUUUCUGAUUUAUAACGUCAUCGAUAAACACUGGUGUUAUGGCGAGUCUUAUGGCAAACGUGGUACAUUUCCGUCAAAUCAUUUACACAAAGUGGAUAUUCCUUAUUUUAAAGAUACUGAAAAAUUAUUUGUAUCAAUUGCUCCAUUUAAUGGUGAACAAGACGGCGAUUUAUCAUUUGCUGAAGGAGAACUUAUUAUUGGAGUACAACAAGUAGACACUGAUUGGUAUUCUGGAUAUAUCGAUUCAAGAACCGGAUUGUUUCCAUUAACUCAUGUAUGGUUGAUAAAUUCUGCAGUACUCAAAAAACCAACAGAAAAAAAAAAAGUCAGGAGAAAAGCCAGAGUUAAGACGUCAUUAAAAGCACAAUUGGAUGAAGAAUUAGAUUUAACUGCUGGUGAAAUAGUUACAGUGUUAGAAAUAUUAGAGGACGGUUGGGUACUGGGUGUUACUGGUGACGGUAGAGAAGGAAGUUUUCCUCAAGGAUUUGUGAGUUAUAUAGAAGAGGAUCAAGAGAGUGCAGUUGAUGAAAGUGACCGGGCGUCUGCAUUAAAUAUAACAAUGGAUCCAUUUCCCGAUUCAGCUGCUCAAGGUGGUGAAAUAUUUAAAGAUUUCAAUCAAUCAGUUCCAAGUACAAGUACGAGUACGUCUGUAGAUAAUGAACCAGCACCAUCUUACUACGAUUUAUUUCCAGAAAGUCGACCUACUUGUCAAGUUAAUGGAUCCAGUGAUUUUAAUAUCGAUAUUGAUAAUGAUAAUAAUGGCCAAUUAAAUUCAUUGGGUUUAAAACCAUACGCUAUAACACUCUAUCCCUUUAAUGCUCAAUUUCCUAAUGAAUUAAACUUUGAAGCAGGUCAAGUUGUGCAUCUUAUACGUCAUAUUGAUUCUGAAUGGGCGGAAGGUGAAAUUGAAAAUGAAAAAGGAAUAUUUCCCACGACAUACGUCAAUAUUAUUGUUGAUUGUUCAUCCAGCGAUGUCAAUCAAGCUGAAAAUAAUGAACACGAGCUGCCAAAAGAUUACCAACACUUGAAUUCUGGUGAUUCAGUGAGAGUUCAGCAUACAUUUAAUGCUCAAAUGAAUGGAGACUUGAGUGUAGCUGAAGGUGACGUACUGACUGUAGUUGAAAUGGCUAAUGAUGAUUGGGUGAGCGUUAAAAAUAAAUUUGGUGAUAUCGGUCUUUGUCCACGUGGAUAUCUUACUCAUACUGAUACUCAAGAGACUCAAGAAGCUCAAGAUCCGAUUGUUAAACACGAUUCAGUUGAAGACUUUGUUGUUAUUAGAGACGUCGAAAAAACUGAAGCUCAAGAAGAACAACGAACUAAGCGAUUGUCUGAGCCUCACCGUCCCGCUCCUCCUGCGCCAGCUCCUGGGUCUGUUCCUCUGCAAAAACAAUCUGUGGCCGAUAAAACUCAACCGCCAGUCGCAGAAUCUAGCAAUAAAGCUGACGAAACAAGUGAAGCUGAAGCCGCUAAACAGAAACGGGCUGAUAAAAGACAAAAUGUUAUAUCCGAGUUGGUGAUAACUGAGAAAGAAUUUGUGCGUGAUUUGAAAGUUACUUACGAAACGUUUCAUUUAUUUAAUCCAAAAAUAUUGGAAGAACGAGGUAUUGAUGUUCCUUUAUUGUUUGGUAAUAUUUUAGAAGUGAUUCAUGUUGCGGAAGAGCUGCUUGAUUCGUUGCUGAAAGCUAUGAAAGGCUGUGAUGAAUCUAAACAAAUGAUUUCUCCCUGUUUUUUAACAAUGGCCGAUAGACUGCAAACAGUUUACGGUAAAUAUUGCAGCAAUCAUGAAGCCGCAUUGUUGCUACUUAAAAAGUACGAAGAGAAUCGUGAAAUUAUGAAGAUUUUUGAAAAAGGCAUAGAGACUCUUCGUUAUCAAGUUGCGUGCUUUGAUAUGAGUUCUAUUUUAAUAAAACCGGUUCAGAGAAUUUUAAAAUAUCCGCUCAUGUUGUACGAGUUGACAAAGUGUACGGAAGAUGAACACCCAGACCGGGCGGGUAUUGAAGCCGCUUGGAAAGCAAUGACUGACGUUGCUUCUUAUAUUAAUGAAUAUAAACGAAGAAAAGAUAUUGUUUCAAAGUAUCUUGACACAGACAAUACAUUGAUGAGUAAAAUGGCUAAACUAAGUAUGCACUCGGUUGCCAAAAAAUCAAGUAGACUGAGCGCUAAAUUGUCAGCGAGUCUUGGUCUUACAAAUGUACCAGCAGAUCCUAUUUUUGAAGAACUUGAAAAACAAUUUAAAUCAAUGGCUAAAUGUGUUGAGCAAUUAAUUAUAGAUAUUGAUCAAUGUUUUAUUUGGCUAAAUGAUGAUGCAUCUUGUGGUGAACUAUUAGCUGAAUAUAUUUAUCAAUAUCACUCUGGUGUUCAUAGUAUUGAAGUGCAAAAAUAUAAUCAAGUUCGUUGUUUGAUAUCAAAUCAAUUCAUUAAAACAUUCAAAGAUAAUAUUGAUAAAUCUGUUAUUAAACCUCUUUCUUCAUUGCUGUUGUUACUUGAAGGACCGGAAAUGCUCAUUACUAAACGUUAUGACAAAUUAUUGGAUUACGACAAUGCGAUAUCGAGAAGUGAAAAAAAUAAAGAAUCAAGAAUAAUAAAUGAUGAGUUGAUAACUGCUAAGACUAAUUAUGAAGCAUUAAACCAACAAUUGUCUGAAGAAUUGCCGAUAUUGAUAGACGCGGGUGUUAAAAUAACAAUAUCAUGUCUACGUAGUUUUACAAAAGCGCGUAAAUUAUUUAAUGGAAAAGUUACGAAACAAUAUUUAGAUUUACCUAAAUCAGCAACACAAAAUCCAUCUGAAGAUAUUUUACAAUUAUUUUUGAUAAAUCACAAUUUAUUGUGGAAUCAAAUAUCGAGGUUUAGUUUCGCUGGCGUUAAUCCGCGUGUUGAAGAACCGAGUGCUGAUGUCAGUCCGCAAAAAGACAAACAUAAAACCCAAUUGCUACGUAAAUAUCAGCGAGAUAAAUUAUUUAUUGUCAAGGAUAAUUUAGUUAGCACGUCGACGCUGGAUUUGGGAGCGAGUAAAGGGACUAUUGUGGCGGUUAUCAAAACGCAGGACCCGAUGGGCGAUAGCUCCAGGUGGUUUGUUGAUAAUGGUUUCACUCAGGGUUUUAUGCCGUCGAAAAUGCUGGAAGCUUUGACGCAGACUAAAAUAAAUUUUAAUAAUAAUUAUAAUAAUAAUGAUGUCGUUGAUUCACGUUCUAAUACUCCAGAUCUCAUGUCUCUGGAAUCACCAGUAAAAAAUGUUAAUACUAAUUUAAUUUCACUUGAUAGUCCUCAAAAAGAAUCUCUAUCUCUAUCUCAUUCUCAUCCUAAUUCAAAUUCAAAUUCACAAUCUCAGUGGUAUUUAAAUACUGAGGGAAUAAAUAAUGACAAUAAAAAUUAUGGUAAUUUACCAGCUAAACAGGAACAAAGAUAUGAAAAUUUUGAUACUAAGUUUUAUUAUGUGGAAUUUGAUUUCGAUGGUAAAAUGCCAGGAACACUUGCCGUUAAAAAAGGGCAAGCAUUAAAGCUGAUUAGACCAAACGACGAAAAAGGUAAUACUGCUUGGUGGUUAAUGGAAAACCGUGAUGGAAAAAGUGGAUACGUACCUAGUAAUUAUUUAAAUUUAUACCGAACUUAAAAUAACUAUUUAUAUUAGGGUAUUUUACAUCUUAACACCAAGUGCCU